AUGCCUGCUAAACAGCGGAAAAACAUUUCGAAUGGCCACAAGCCUCCGCCCACUGCACGAAAGGGGACUGCACCGCGGCAGGAUAUUGGGUUCCUUCCCCCUGGCACUGCCCCUGCCACUGCCCACACACCACCUGGGUGCGGCUUGGAUGCCUUUGUGUAUCGCUUUCAUCAAAGUGUUCCCGUACCAGAACGUCUGCGACGCGCGCCGACGUCACUUGUGGAGGCGGUGAACGACUUCCACUAUGCCAUGAUGAACGACAAACCCCGCAAUGAAUUCUACUAUGAACUCUUAAAACGUCACGUGACACCUGAAACAGGUGUAUUGGAGAUUGGCGCGGGCUCGGGGCUGUUGUCGCUGAUGGCCGCACAGCUCGGGGCCAAGUGGGUUGUGGCCGUGGAGGGGAGCGCGGAGAUGGCAAGCUUGGCACGCGCCAACGUUCGUGCGAACAAGCUGGAGAAAAAAGUGACCAUUUUGCACAUGCUGAGUACAGAGCUUACGCUACGCCAUCUGCCGGACCGGCCUGAUGUUCUGGUAUCAGAAAUUUUUGGCACAUUGCUGCUAGGGGAGUCGGCCCUCGACUACAUUGCUGAUGCACGGGAGCGGCUGGCGAAGCCGACGACAAAAAUUAUUCCACAACACGGAACACAGUACGCAGUUCCGAUCGAAUGCAGCACAUUAGGCGAUGUGUGUGCCGUGUCGGGUUGGAAGGGACUGGACUUGAGCCACAUGACGGCACUUCAGGACACCGUCAGCAUCGUGUUUGCGAAACAAUACGGCUUUCGCAUGAGCAGCAUCCCUUUUCGUCGUCUGAGUGAACCGAUUGCCCUUUUCUCCGUGGACUUUGCGACGGCAGCCCGCCGUGAUAUCCCCAAAAAAAUGGAUCUCGGCGUCAAGGCAACCAGCAGCGGGACGGCACACGCAAUGCUGUUCUACUGGAAGGUGUUUGAUGGUGACCUCGUCAUGUCGACAGACCCGGCUGACACGCUUAACAACUUCCCACGCGACAUGCAGUGGGGUCAGGCACUUCAGCUACUGGACGCUGCUAACGGCCCACUUCCUACGCCGGUAGUGUUCACAGAGGGCAAGAAACUAAAAUUUAAGUGUCACUUUCCCCCGGAUCGCGUAACGUUUCAUAUCCAUUUCUGCCCCACUGCACCGCCACCACCAGCGGUAUUAGAGGCGAUAUCGGCAGAUAAUGAUGCGAAGGAGGACACUAAGGGGGAAAGAGUAAGUGAGGGUGAAGGCGAAAAGGAAGGGACAGUAAAAGUAGAGUAA